CAACUCCUCAGUCUUUUUUCUUCCUAAACCUUCCACCUUAAAAUGUCUAACAUUCAUCCACUCAGAAUUCACUGCCUGUUGUCUCCUAAUCAACGCCACAUCUCUCAAACUUCUGCCCGUUUGCCUCCCCAAACUCGCUGCUUCAGUUUCAGCGGUCGCCCUGUGCCCAUAUCACUCCGGCGGAAUGUUGACCUUCUUCCUCGAGCCGAAGACGAAGCCAGAGGCUCUUCACUUUCCACUCAAGAAUCGUCUCAACCUCCGGAAUGUACACCUUCCUCUGAAGCAUGUGAUCCACUGUGUUCUGUUGAUGAAACGAGCUUGCAAGAUUCUGAACCCAGUUACUAUUCAAAGAUAGAUUUACUUAAAGCUCUUUCAGUUUUUGCCGCAGCAGCUACAGGAGCUGUGGCUAUAAAUCAUUCUUGGGUUGCUGCAAAUCAGGUUUCUUAUUCUUGUGUCCUGAAUCAUUCAUUUCUUACGGUUGUGUUUGGAACCCGAAAAUGGUAGAGAAUGGAAAUUAAUGGUUCCAAACAAAUCCUACAAUCAAUUUCCCUUUCAAAAUUUCUUGUUGGGUUGAUCAGAUAUCCUACUUCAGGAUAUUGCAAUGUCAUUGUUGUUUGCGAUAGGAUAUGUUGGCAUAAUAUUUGAAGAGUCUCUUGCCUUCAAUAAGAGCGGGGUAGGGCUUCUUAUGGCUGUUAGCUUGUGGGUUGUGCGGAGCAUUGGGGCCCCUUCAACUGAUGUAGCACUUUCAGAGCUAUCGCAUGCUACUAGUGAAAUUAGUGAAAUACUGUUCUUUCUGCUUGGUGCCAUGACAAUUGUAGAGAUAGUUGAUGCUCACCAGGGUUUUAAGUUGGUUACAGAUAACAUUACUACUCGCCAGCCAAAAUAUCUGCUUUGGGCGGUAGGUUUCCUGACCUUUUUUCUUAGUUCAAUCCUUGACAACCUAACAACUACAAUUGUGAUGGUGUCCUUGUUAAGGAGGUUGACACCUCCAUCAGAAUAUCGGAAACUUCUUGGUGCGGCUGUGGUGAUUGCUGCAAAUGCUGGCGGAGCAUGGACUCCAAUUGGUGAUGUUACAACCACUAUGCUUUGGAUUCAUGGUCAAAUAACCACACUACCAACAAUGAAGGGGCUAUUUUUGCCAUCAUCAAUCUCUCUAGCUGUUCCAUUAGCUUUAAUGUCUCUGGCGAGUGAAGUGAAUGGGAAGGAACAUAAUCCUGCAGAAGACGUUUUGGCUACUGAAAAGAUGGCCCCACAGGGACAGCUUGUUUUAUUUGUUGGAAUAGGUGCUUUAGUUUUUGUACCAGUAUUCAAGGCCUUAACAGGGUUGCCCCCUUACAUUGGUAUGCUUCUUGGGCUUGGGGUGCUUUGGAUCCUAACUGACGCUAUUCACUAUGGUGAAUCUGAAAGACAGCAUUUAAAAUUGCCGCAAGCUUUGUCACGCAUCGAUACUCAGGGAAUUCUUUUUUUCCUUGGAAUCCUUCUCUCGGUGAGCAGCCUUGAGGCAGCAGGUAUUUUGAGAGAAGUGGCAAAUUACCUUGACACCCAUGUUCAAAAUGUUGAGCUUAUUGCAAGUGCGGUAGGGGUGGUAUCUGCAAUUAUAGACAAUGUUCCACUGGUUGCAGCCACAAUGGGGAUGUAUGACCUCUCCUCCUUUCCUAAAGAUUCAGAAUUCUGGCAGCUGGUAGCAUAUUGUGCUGGUACAGGUGGGUCCAUGUUGAUUAUAGGCUCUGCAGCUGGAGUUGCUUUUAUGGGGAUGGAGAGAGUUGACUUCUUUUGGUAUCUCAGGAAGGUCAGUGGAUUUGCUUUUGCUGGUUAUGCUGCUGGAAUUGCUGCAUAUCUGGCUGCUCACAAUCUGAACCUUUCUGAAGUUCCUUUCAUUCCUGGUUCAUGAAUUGAUUACUGAAGGAUACCAACGACUCAAUUGUGUAGGCAAAAUCUCCACCUGAUGGGAAGCAAAUUUUCCAUGGGAAAGUCUUUGCUUGAAGAUUAAAGAGGCAAAUGAUGUUGAUCAAAUGAUCACUACACUCCUUUAUUUAUUUAUAUUGGGUAAAAACUAUACCUUUUUUUAGUUGUACAAGAUUCUACAUGAAAAAAUGUAUUUUUGCCAACAGCAGAUUGAACUUUUCCAAGCACUCUAUUGUUCAUGAAUUAUGUACGUUGAUGAUGUACAAUAAUAUGUUUA